UCGGUCGCAGCCUCCUCCAACCCUUACCCCUCCCCUAUAGCGCUGUUCCUUCACAGGACCAAAGGCUCGGGCGAAUGGAGAGACCCAACACCAUCCUGAAGAUCACCCCGGCCCGCGGCACCGGCGAUCGGGAGACCGUCGCCGGUGAAGAGUUUGGCAUGCAAAUUCCUCUCAAGAAGGAAAUGACAAGCCAUGGAGAUAACGACGACGACGACGAUGGCAAUCAAGUGGGCGAGGACGAAGACCAAGAUGAAGACAACAACGACAAUGACAACAACGACGACUAUGACGACGACGACGAAGCUGGAAAGCGCAUCGAUGCUGAUCAGCGUGUGAUUGCGCUGCCCAAAUCACCAGCCUCGGAGGAUAUGGCCAUCAACCCGCCCGAGAUGGUGGCCGUCGCCCAGGUUCCAGCACACAUUCCCCUUGGCAGCCAGCUCGGCCAUCCGCUGGGACACCAUUGGACUGCCCAGGCUCUCGAGGCGCUGCCCCCUGCUCCAGCCCCGGCCUCACCCCAGAUCCGUGACGACGACGAGACCGGCUCUAUUUUCAACGGGAUCCCGGCCGCCCAACAGCACGAGCUGGCCUCGCACUCAAACCCAGCCGCGGACCCAGCCGGCGUGCUCCUUUCGAAUACUGGGGGCAGUGAGGUCGAAGGUGAAGGUGAAGGCGAAGGAGAAGGAGAAGGAGACACCGAGGUCGAUGGCGAUAUCAAUGGAGACACCGGAAACGAUGGCCAUGUUUCAAAGCAAAUCGAUAUCACCGUCGAUACCUCGAUCCACCCGCCGCUACAGUCCCCGUCCCUGCGGGUCAACCCAUUCCCCUCGCUACCAGUCCGCCUGAACAUGGUCCACAGCCCAACAUACUGCCUUCGGCCGCCCAUCCCUCGUGCCGACAUCGACUCUGGCUUUGCCGACAAGGCCCACGCAGCUGAGCUCAAAGCCGACCAGCUUCUGCGGGUGGUGCUCCAUCCGUCGGUGUCGCCGCCACUGAUGUCAGCCGUCCAGUUUGAGCGGUGCUUUGAAGAGUUUAUGAACGAUCCGGCCGUUACCUUUGCGCGAUUCCAGGGCGAUGCGUACUACCAGCCCAUCCACCAGCGCAUCGAGCUUGUCUACCUGAUCUAUCAUGUCUUUGACUACGACGACAUUGUCAUCAACCGCAGAUUCAGCUACGAUGGCUAUGAUCCGUCCGUCGUCAAGCUCAAGAUCGACAACAUGCAGAUGGGGCUCAAGGUCUUGGCCGAGCGGCUUCCCAAGAACGCGCUGGAGAUCACCGAGGCUUUCGUUGGUUUCUAUUUCGGCAUCAAGCGGCAGAUCUUCAUCUUCAAAUGGAAGUACCUUUUCCCUGACGACACAGAGGCUCGGGAUCUGGAGCUUGAGCGCAUGUUCACCCACGAGCCCGUCGAGAUCCGGUACCUGGCUCAGCAUCCGCAACGAUCGAUUCAGCUCGACGACUUGAACGAGUGCUUCAAACUUCAGGUCAAAGCCAUGAACAGCGAUGUGCUCCUGCUGUGUCCCCGAAACUACUUUGUGCGCGCCAGUAUCGAGUAUAUCCGUCUAUUCAAGUCCACUCUAGACUCGCGCUAUAUCCCUCGGCUGCUGCAGCAGACUUUUGGCGAAGUCACCAACCGGCAGUACCAAGCCCAAAUGGCCGGAGAAGUUCCGAAAACGCCCGACAACCGGAGUACGCAUCGAAGCAAUCGAUCAAAGCGGCCGAGCCGCCGAUCAAAAAGCUCCGGCGCCAGUAGCCCAAAGAGUAUCUCGCACUCGGACGGCGAUCUGAGCCUGGCCGAUGGACAAGGCACGCCGGUAUCGCCGUCGUCGGGUCACGAGCCAAGCCCAAACCGCAGCGACCAGCUUCUGCUGCCGAUAUCAUCGGCCGACGGUCUCUUUGGGCCGACGCUGUCGUACUCACCCGCCUCGGCCAUCAUGCCGAUCGAUCACAAGCGACUGUCAGAAGUCAGCGUCGACAGCUUGUCACCGUCGCCGAUCGAAACCAAGCGGCAAAAGUACGAAAUAACGCACGAGCGGGGUGAACGGGUGCGCCCGCGCAUCAAAUGGACGGAUGAGGAAACCGACUGUCUCGAGAAGGCAUUGCAGCGACACGGCAACAAGUGGAUCGACAUUCUUCGCGACCACGGGCCUAACGGCAUCAUCGACAACGUCCUUGCCCGGAGGAACAACGUCAACCUCAAGGACCGCGCACGAUCUAUGAAGGAAAAAUGCAUUCGUGAAAACCGAGAUCUGGGCGUCUGGGGCACGUACGGCUGCGGACGGCGUCGGUCUGUCAAGGAGCUGACUCCGCAACUGCACCCGUCCCCGUUCCCACAGCCCCUCGUUGGUGACUUUGGGCAACUUGGGCACGUCAACCAAAGCCAUCUCGUGGCGGCGCAUCUGGUGGAGGCCGGGCAUUUGCUGGAGACGGGUGUCGUCAACCCUGGCGUGAUGGGAAAUGUCGUUGGGGGCAUGGUCGAAGGCAUAGCUGAUGGCGGAGGGGUCGACCAUGAGCUCAUCGCCGAGAGCAGUAUCGGAGGUUCAAACGCCGGAGAGCUCGACCACGAGAUAGAGGAUGCCGACGGCAGCGCGUAAAGUAAAAAGUAAGAAAGAAAAAGAGAAUAUUGUCACAUCAUCGACUUGAAGGGGGUGGGGGCUUUGAUUUUUUGUCCAUAGCGAUAACAGCCUACUUUUGCAAAAAGUAAGAAUGACUGAGAGCGCCGCAGUAAAAAAAAAAAACGUUGUACAUCCUGAUCCUUCUCGAACACGCUCUUUUUGUUGUUUA